UUUGUUACCUGGACCACGUGGGUUCAGCAUUGUACGCAGACAGUCAAAUAAACAAUGUGAUGAAAGGUCUGAAAACGCACUUGUACGGAAAUCCUCAUUCAACCGGUGAUCCGUCGGCAGCUUGUGAAAAACUCAUAAAUAGUAUUCGAUUUAAGAUCCUGGAACACUUCAACACGRGACCCGAAAAGUACAGCGUAGUAUUCACGUCGGGCGCCACAGGAGCGCUGAAGACAGUUGCCGAAUGUUUCGCGUGGGACGACGAAGACUACGACGACCGACUAAAAGACUCUGUAGUAAUGAAUGAUUUCAGGUCGCGGGGAAGCACCUUCGCGUAUACGGAAGACAAUCACACUUCAGUUUUGGGCAUGCGAGAGUUGGCUCCGAUGGCGAAUCUGCUGUGUUUAACUCGAAACGAAGCUCACGAGGCUUUAGAUAAGAUUCCUUCUACAUCUGUAAAAAAAGAUAGUUCGGCUAAUUCCAGAAAUUCUCUGUUCGCUUUCCCCGCUCAAUCCAACUUUUCCGGUACGAAAUAUCCUCUGAAAUGGAUCGAAACGUGCCAGAAAGGAGCACUUGACCAGUACACCGGUAAUCGAGUAAAGUCCAGAUGGUUCACUGUUCUGGACGCCUCUUCUUACGUACCCACUAACCAUCUAGACUUGGAUAAAUAUUCACCAGACUUUGUCGCUGUUUCGUUUUACAAAAUGUUCGGUUAUCCAACCGGUCUAGGUGCGCUGUUGGUCCGUAAUAAAACAGCCGUGGCGGUACUCCGUCGGAAAAAAUAUUUUGGUGGCGGAACGGUUGAAGUGGUACUCGCACAUAACCGUCAUCACGUGUUAAAAAAAGAUUUCCAUGAAAAGUUCGAAGACGGUACGGUGGACUUUUUGUCGGUGAUCGCAGUUGGCCACGGACUCGACACAUUGCGCACGCUGGCCGGUCCGAUGCGACUGGUGGCCGAGCGGACGUUUGGACUGGCCGCGUACCUGUACGGCCGGAUGUCUGGGGCGAGGCACGGAAAUGGAUUACCGGUGUUCCGGACGUACACGGACACGGAGUACCGGUGCGAGAGCACGCAGGGUGGCGUCGUGAACUUCAACGUGCUAAGGGCCAACGGCGAUUACGUUGGCUACAACGAGGUAAAAAACGUUGCCAGUAGUCACGGUAUAGUUCUGCGAGUAGGUUGUUUUUGCAACCCCGGGGCGUGUCAGUCGCACUUGGGUCACACAGACCAGGAAUUGAAACGAAACCAAGAGGUGAUAGGUCACAUUUGCGGCGAUCACAUCGAUCUUAUUUACGGACGGCCAACAGGAUCAGUUCGUGUCUCAUUUGGCUAUCAGUCGAGCGAAUCGGACGCCGAUACACUUUACAACACGCUUGUCGAACAAUUUUGGCAGAAUAAUUCGGUCACACCGGUCGAUCGGCAACAGAACACCGUCGAAGAGUACAAUACAAUGGAUUUGCAAGUGUCGAGGAUUUUCGUUUAUCCGAUCAAGUCUUGCGGAGCGUACGAAACGGAGGAAUGGCUAUUGGAACCAUACGGUUUUCAAUACGACCGAAGCUGGGCGGUAGUCAGUUCGACGGGAAUGUGUAUCACGCAAAUGGAAGAGCCGAAACUCUGUCUGGUGCGGCCUUAUAUCGAUUUGCAAAAAGGAACCAUGACCCUCGUAUACGCCGAAAACAAAGACGAAGUUCCGAUGGUAGUUCCACUGGAUACGAAACCCAGUGAUACUAAGAGGACGGGCAAAAUAUGUUGGGGUGGAUCUUUGGAAGGAAUCGACUGUGGCGAGGACGUAGCCGAAUGGCUCAGUUGGAACCUCGAUCGGCCCGGGUUAAGACUCAUUAGGUGCACCGGUCGCAGUAUUGCCAAAAAAAGCUAUGGGAAAAUAGAUCCAAAAGUAUUGGGCGCUAACCAAUGCCAAUAUCUAUUGUCCACAACGUCAACGCUCAAGUGGUUACAGCAAGAAAUGGCAAACACAAUAACGGAAAUAGAUGAAGAUAGUUUGUUAUUUCGAUUCCGAGGUAACUUUGUGAUUUCUGGCGAAAAUCUACCAGCACAUGCCGAAUUAACUUGGGACCAGUUGGACAUUGGAGGCGUCAAAUUUCAAUUCCAUUCGGCUUGUGAAAGGUGCAAGAUGGUGAAUAUCGAUCAGGAUACAUCGGAAAGCAUUUACAAACCUCUGUCCGUAUUGGCUCAACACAAGUGGCAAGACAAAAGCGUUUUCGGCAUCUAUAUCAAUCGUGUAGAUACGCAAAAAUGUAAAUUACGAGUGGGUCAAAAAUGCACUGUCAUAAGCAAAAAAAAUUAAAUUUCAUGGUUUAAUUAUUAAUUUAAUUUAUUAAUGUAUUAAUGUUCGAUAAGGU